AUGUCACCCCGCCAGAAGUCUCCCUCCAGCCUCUCCGACGACACGAUGGAUCCUCAAUCGGGUGCCCUUCACUCUCCAGAUGAGUCUCGCCAGACUCGUAGAGCUACCAGAGCUCAGCACACACACGCCGACGACGUCGAUCAACAAAGCCAGCCCAACGACGCGGACGCAGACGCAGACGGUGACGGCGAUGGCGACGACGAAGUCACUCGCUGCAUCUGCGGUCUUCAAGAUUACCCAGGUCCGCCUCUGACCGACGAUUUUCCUACCAUAACAGAUCCUUCUCAGGCUGAAGACGCCGGUGGCCUGUUCAUCCAGUGCGACAAGUGCCACGUCUGGCAGCACGGAGGGUGUGUCGGCAUCAUGGACGAGAGCAAGAGUCCCGACAACUACUUUUGCGAGCUCUGCGACAAGAAGCUACACAAUGUCUUGACCGACCCAAAAGGACAACGAUACUCGCGCUACCUACCCGUCAUGAAGCCUGAACCAAAGACUGCUCGUAAAGCCUCUCUCACAAAAGAAACAGAAUCGGCAAAGGCACGAAGAGAGCAGCGAGAAAGUCAAAACAGGGCCAGUGUUGAAUCGUCAACAGGAAAGAGGAGGUCCACCAUGAACAGCCGCCAGGCCUACGAUGAUGAAGAGACGCUACGACGAGUCAUCGAAGAGACCAAGAGUGUUGGCGAAUUGACUCCAGCAGUGCGCAAAGGCAAACGUGGACGAGACGACAGCGAGGACUCCAGGCACGAAAUCAAGCGCCAAAGAACAGGCUCCGAAUCGCCCAACCCGCCGUCAACGCUAAACACGGCUUCGCUCGACGCAGAUUCAGACGACGACGGCACACAGCCCAAAAACAAGAGAGUGCGGAAUGCUGCUGCCGAGGCUUUGAGACAGAGAGAGGCCAGAGAGCGUGAGCGCACGCGGGACGAAAAGCGCAAGGAAGCGGCAGGAAGACGUAGCGAAAGAGCCGGUCGAAGGAGAGUGGAUGGUACGCUGGAACCCGGCACACAAACAUCAUCAGGCGAGCUGACCACCUACGCAGAGUCAGACCCGCUCGACGACACACCGAGACCAAUGGGCACCCCGAUCCUGCCCAAUUCACAGCCUCCCAGCCCACCUGCUUCAGCGCCGCCGCUAGCUCCUGGAAGCUCGCACAAGAAGGGCACUGUCAAGAAGCAAAAGCGACUGGGUCGUAAUCAAUACUCGGCAGCGAAGGCCUCCACCAACACAUCCGACGCCAACGCUACAGCAGCGAAUCCCAACGGCAGCAGCGGCGACGACCCCAUCACCAACAGCACAUCCGACUCCAAAAACAGUCCCAGCAGCAACAACGAGACACCCGCCGCCAUCAUCUCUGCCCCUCCCGCAAAAUCAAAACCCGGAAAAUGGGCUGGCCGUGCCAAAAACCCACGACAAGCCGCUAUCCAAGAAGCAGAGAUGGUUACCAAAGACAACCGCGACAACAAGAGUCAAAUGACCAUAACCGACAUGAAGAAACGGACAGGAAUGAUGAUGGACUACAUAGCAAAAGCACAAGUCGACAUGGCUGGAGAUGGCUCAUCACUGAAUGCACAACUGCAGGCUCAACAAUCUGCAGACUUCAAAGAACUCAGUAGUAGGGAAAUGAUGGAUGUCUUGACCAGGCACAUCAUGAUCUGGCAGAAAGAGUAUGCAGGCGAAGCUCCUACUGCUGCUGCAGCAUCUCUUGUUGCAUGA